CACCGUGAUUACAAGUUUUUUUCUUUUUCUUUUUUUUUUUUGGGAGAAGAUUACAAGCUGUUAAUACAGCCAUGAAACUAACAGAUGGUUUAAAGACUUGAAGAUUUCAGGAUUUUGAAUAGCAAAACUGCAUCCUUUUCGCAGCCAUUUACUGCCAGGCCAAAGAUCAUGAAGCUCCAACUGGAUAAUCCUCUGUUGGGUAUUUUCUCAAACUCUUGGAGGGCAUCCCCUACGCCACCACAUUUGCAGUACAAGUCUAUGAUUGCUGUAACUACAAUCUCAUUCAACUCUAGAUUGUACUUCUUUAUGCACUCAUGAAUCCAUUCGUCUUGUUCUGAGUGCUCCAAUUUGAGCUGAAGCACUUAACAAGCUCACCAUAAAAACUCACUAGACUGGAUUUCUAACAGGCAUUUUAUCGAACAGCUUCCUCGACUCGUUAAUUUCCCCACAUUUAGCCACACCCAGAAUCAUGGAAUUCCAGGAAACGACAUCGAAUUCUAGUUCUUGGUUAUAGAUUUGAUGUGCUUCAUUAAAAAAACCCACCAAGUAGCAUGCAUGUCCAAAAUUGUGUUUAUGAUAAAAGGGUCGGACCGAAGGCCUAAUUUUAUUAUCCUCCCAUGAAUCUGAGCUCCAUCAUGGGCAAGUCCAAGUUGAGAGUAAGCUUUGAAAACUGAUGGAUAAGUCAAUCUCUGCGGUUCUACUUGUGAAGAAACCAACAUGUUGAUGAAAAGAGAGAAUGCAAUUUGAGGGUUCGAGCUUUGAGAGAAGCCUCUUAUUACUGUAUUCCAAGAAAAGAGAUUAGGGUUUUGCAUUUGCAGAAAGACCAAAUAUGCAUAAUUCAUAUAACCCAACUGGGAGGAGCAGAAGGCUAAAGUACGGGUAGCAGCGAAAGAGUUUUUGGCCUGACCGGAUUUGAUCAGGUGGGCAUGAAACUGUAGCAGGUCUCUCAUGGUGGUGCAAUACUGAUCCACCAUUGAAAGGUUUUAGUUUUUUCUUCACAGAACUCACAAAGUGGCUGAAGAAGGUGUAGAACUUUCCAGUGGUGUGGCCAUGGCAGAAACUCAGUCAUCCAAUUCCAAUCUAUGACAGGGCCACCAUCCACCCAAAAAAAGAUGUCAUUAUACACAUGGGCCAUAGGACACACGAGAGAGCUAAACCAUGAGAAUCAGAAAUUCAGUUCCCCGGUUUCCACCACUCAAAGGGAUAUCACCACCCCUAUAACAACUGUUCCCACAAUAAUUCUUUCCAACCCCACCGCGUCAACUCCAUUUAUCAAUCCAACUUCAACCGCGGACACGUAUUCUCCGGUCAUGGGAUCUCCCAAAAGAUCAUCUCCACCUUCGUCAGGGGCUAGUUGGUGCAUUGCUAGUCAAAGUGCAUCACAAAAGGCAUUGCAAAUUGCUCUAGACUACGCAUGUGGCUAUGGUGGUACUGAUUGCUCAGCAAUUCAAGCUGGUCAAAGCUGUUACAACCCAAACACCAUUCAUGAUCAUGCCUCCUACGCCUUCAAUAGCUACUAUCAAAAGAAUCCUGUUCCAAAUAGCUGUAACUUUGGUGGGACUGCUGUCAUUACGAGCACUGACCCAAGUACUAUGGCCUGUCAGUACACAUCCACUAGCACAAGUUCAUCAAUUCUAAACACCACAAAUUCCAAGGGAUCAACAGUGUUUGGUGCUGUACCCUCAAGCCCCUCUCCUUCAGCAGCAACUUGUCAAGAAAUAAAUGUUCUACAACUAUUGUUGUUGACCAUGGUUUCUCUCAUAUUAUUACACAGCAACAACCUUCAUGGCUGAUUGGGACAGUAAAACCAACAUAAUUGCUUAAAAAGCUUUGCAUUUACUUCACCCAAUUCAAGUUGCUUGAUAGAACUGCAGAGUUUUGGAUUCAGGAACAGACAUUUAUGGGACAUGUUUUUUAGCCUACUUGCUCAUAAGUUAGUAAAGCAAAUUUUAGUAAGAGCAAAGUGAAGAUUUUUCAAUGUUGUGUUGGAUCUAGAAUAUAUGCACAUGUCUACUGCUUGAAAGAA